UCUUAAAUAGAUCUUCUUUUUAGAUCCACUAGAUCCACCCCCCUUGCUUCCCACUCUUUUCUCUCUCCAGGGGUCCUUUGCAUCCCGGGCUCCCUUGAUCCCUGUGCUCCUGACCUACUAGAUUUUCUUCUCUGAUUUCUUGGACUCUCAAUUAUUCGGUCCCCAAACCACUAGAUUUCUCCUUUAGGGUCGUGUGUGAUCCUGUGAUUAUCGGGCGUCUGACCCACUAGGAUUUCUUCUAUUUUUCCAGGAUCCUGCCGUCCUCGGUCCCCUCAACCUGUCAGAUUCUUCUUCUCGAAUCCCCGGGAUCCCCGCGCUCCUACCACCAGUUUACGAGAUCCCGCGGAUACAGUGAUCCGGGUUACCCGGACCAGGCGGCCUGUCCCUGGCCUCCCCCCAUGGCCGCCGCCCCCACCCAUCUCGCGGGGCUCCCGGGCUCUCCCCUGCCGGGGUCUCCGCCACCCACCGGCCUCAGCUUGGAGCUCCAGUCUCCGCAGCCGCUGCUGCCCCAGGUCCCGACCCCGGGUUCCGGGGUCUCCUUCCACAUCCAGAUCGGGCUGACCCGGGAGUUCGUGCUGCUGCCCGCCGCCUCCGAGCUGGCCCAUGUGAAGCAGCUGGCGUGCUCCAUCGUGGACCAGAAGUUUCCUGAGUGUGGCUUCUACGGCCUUUACGACAAGAUUCUGCUCUUCAAACAUGACCCCACGUCAGCCAACCUCCUGCAGCUGGUGCGCUCCGCGGGUGACAUCCAGGAGGGCGACCUGGUGGAGGUGGUGCUAUCGGCCUCGGCCACCUUCGAGGACUUCCAGAUCCGCCCGCACGCCCUCACAGUGCACUCGUACCGAGCGCCCGCCUUCUGCGACCACUGUGGCGAGAUGCUCUUCGGCUUGGUGCGCCAGGGCCUCAAGUGCGAUGGCUGCGGGCUGAACUACCACAAGCGCUGUGCCUUCAGCAUCCCCAACAACUGCAGUGGGGCCCGCAAGCGGCGCCUGUCAUCCACAUCUCUAGCCAGUGGCCAUUCGGUGCGCCUAGGCACCUCUGAGUCCCUGCCCUGCUUGACCGACGAGCUGAGCGUUAGCACCACUGAACUCCUGGCCCGCCGCCCCCCCUCGUCCUCCUCCUCAUCUUCUGCCUCAUCCUACACGGGCCGCCCCAUCGAGCUGGACAAGAUGCUGCUCUCCAAGGUCAAGGUGCCGCAUACCUUCCUCAUCCACAGCUACACGAGGCCCACUGUCUGCCAGGCCUGCAAGAAACUCCUCAAGGGCCUCUUCCGCCAGGGCCUGCAGUGCAAAGAUUGCAAGUUUAACUGUCACAAACGCUGUGCUACUCGUGUCCCUAAUGACUGUCUGGGGGAGGCACUUAUCAAUGGAGAUGUGCCAAUGGAGGAGGCCACCGACUUUAGCGAGGCUGACAAGAGUGUCCUCAUGGAUGAGUCAGAUGACUCCGGUAUCAUCCCCGGCUCCCACUCGGAAAAUGCCCUGCAUGCCAGCGAGGAGGAAGAAGGCGAGGGAGGCAAGGCACAGAGCUCCCUGGGGUAUAUCCCCCUGAUGAGGGUGGUGCAGUCUGUGCGACACACAACACGGAAAUCCAGCACAACGCUGCGCGAGGGGUGGGUGGUUCAUUACAGCAGCAAGGACACGCUGAGGAAGCGGCACUACUGGCGGCUGGACUCCAAGUGCAUCACCCUCUUCCAGAACAACACCACCAACAGAUACUACAAGGAGAUUCCACUGUCGGAAAUCCUCGCCAUAGAGUCUGCCCAGAACUUCAGCCUCGUGCCGCCGGGCACCAACCCCCACUGCUUUGAGAUCGUCACUGCCAAUGCCACCUACUUCGUGGGCGAGACACCUGGCGGGGCCCCAGGGGGGCCAAGUGGGCAAGGGGCUGAGGCAGCCCGGGGCUGGGAGAUGGCCAUCCGUCAAGCUCUGAUGCCCAUCAUCCUCCAGGACGCACCCCGUGCCCCAGGCCACACACCCCACAGACAAGCUUCUCUGAGCAUCUCUGUGUCCAACAGUCAGAUCCAAGAGAAUGUGGACAUCGCCACUGUCUACCAGAUCUUUCCGGACGAGGUUCUGGGCUCGGGGCAGUUUGGAGUGGUCUACGGAGGAAAGCACCGGAAGACAGGCCGGGAUGUGGCAGUAAAGGUCAUCGACAAACUGCGGUUCCCCACCAAGCAGGAGAGCCAGCUCCGGAACGAGGUGGCCAUUCUGCAGAGCCUACGGCACCCUGGGAUCGUAAACCUGGAGUGUAUGUUCGAGACGCCUGAGAAGGUAUUUGUGGUGAUGGAGAAGCUGCACGGGGACAUGUUGGAGAUGAUCCUGUCCAGUGAGAAGGGGCGGCUACCCGAGCGCCUCACCAAGUUCCUCAUCACGCAGAUCUUGGUGGCUUUGCGACACCUUCAUUUCAAGAACAUCGUCCACUGUGACUUGAAACCGGAAAAUGUUUUGCUGGCAUCAGCCGACCCAUUUCCCCAGGUGAAGCUGUGCGACUUCGGCUUCGCGCGCAUCAUCGGCGAGAAGUCAUUCCGGCGCUCGGUGGUGGGCACACCUGCCUACCUGGCGCCCGAGGUGCUGCUCAACCAGGGCUACAACCGCUCGCUGGACAUGUGGUCGGUGGGCGUAAUCAUGUAUGUCAGCCUCAGCGGCACAUUCCCCUUCAAUGAGGACGAAGACAUCAACGACCAGAUCCAGAAUGCCGCCUUCAUGUACCCGCCCAGCCCCUGGAGCCAUAUCUCCAAGGGAGCCAUUGACCUCAUCAACAACCUGCUCCAGGUGAAGAUGCGCAAACGUUACAGCGUAGACAAAUCUCUCAGCCACUCCUGGUUACAGGAGUACCAGACGUGGCUGGACCUCCGAGAGUUGGAGGGGAAGAUGGGCGAGCGGUACAUCACGCACGAGAGCGACGACGCCCGCUGGGAGCAGUUCAUUACCGAGCACCCGCUGCCCGGGCCUGGGCUGCCCUUCGAUGCGGAGCUCAGUGGGAUCCUCCCUCUACAGGAGCACGAGAUGCAGGGGCUGGCCGAGCGCGUUAGCGUCCUCUGAGGCCCUGUACUCCCGCCCUCGGGGACCUGCCUUCCACCCGAAUGCCAGCUACGAACUAUUCUACGGGAAGAGGCUUUGUACCCUAACUGGAGGGGACACACCCUGGGGACGGAGAGGUGGGGGCAUGGGGAUGGGGUUCACAGGGUCAUUUCCAAAGGCCCUUCUCUGUCGCCCUAACAAUUAAAACGGACUCAUCUUUGGCCCAGUGGCUUUGGCCUAUGCCCACACCACACGCUUGAAUCAUUAGUCUGUUCGUUUACCAAGAUGGAGUUCACCUGGAAGGAGG